UGUUCCAGACAGCCUUGGUACAGAAGAACAUGGUCUAGACUUAAGUACCAUCAAGAACAUUUUUUCAUUUCAAAAUAUCAACUGCACCAUCAUGGAUUCAAACACUGCACACAAUCCUGUGUUUCUGGUAUUUCCCCCAGAUAUCAAUGUUCCUGGCUUGCAGUCAGCAGACCCUACAGCCACAACCUAUGAUACAAGCAGCCCUCUUCCAAAAUUACUUGCUACAAAAAUGAAAAUCUUAGGGGCUAUGCAGAUCCUGUUUGGAGUGAUGAACUUUUCUUUUGGAGUUGUUUUCAUUUUCACACUUGAAAAUCCAUACCCACGGUUCCCCUUUAUAUUUGUUUCAGGAUAUCCAUUCUGGAGCUCCGUUUUGUUCAUUAAUUCUGGAGCCUUCCUAGUUGCAUUGGAAAGAAAAACCACAGAAACUCUGGUGAAGUUGAGCCAAAUAAUGAAUUCUCUUAGUGCCCUGGCAGCAAUAGCUGGAAUCAUUCUCCUCACAUUUGGUCUCAUUCUAGAUCAACAAUUCUUUUGUGGCUAUGCUGAAACAAUUAGUCAGUGUCAGGCUGUUGCUACCCUAUUCACUGGAAUUUUGAUUAUGUUGAUGGCCUUCAGCAUUAUUGAAUUAUUCAUCUCUCUGUCCUUCUCAGUUAUGAGGAGACCCUUUUAAUGUUGUGACUAAUGGUGCUGAAUAUCACCAUGGGAAUAAAGAGGUGUUAUAAUAUCACCAAGAAGUGAAUUAUGUUUGUGAGAAAAAGCCAGAAGGAACAUAGAAUCUUAAGACUGGCAACUGUUGGAAGCAAAGGGGAGUAACUUAAGAGAGUGGGGUCUGGGAACACUUUUGGCUGAUAAAACACAUCCUGCCUCUUUGCAAUGCCAUCUCUUCCUCUCCCCAAAUCACAUCGUCAUCUUGGUGCCACCUCCUCUGUUAGUCAUGCAUGCACUGAACCGAAGGACAGCAAUGUAGCAUUGCCACUGUACAGAGAAAUGAACCAAAGCCCACGAUGUGAAGUGACCAGGUCUAUGACAUCUCCUGCUGAUUUCUCUAAGAGACUCAACCUCGUGGCUCCAUGGUUGUGUGGAAAAAUGAGUUGGUUGGAAGAAUGGCUUGGCCCACAGAUUUUGCAUUGAUACAGCAAGAUCAUCAAUGUGAGCCACUCAUGACAACUAGAAUAGUAACAAGGAGGACAUAUGUUGGUUGAAAGCCACUAUAACGUUCCAGGAACCAUGCUAAGUGUUUUUUGUGUAUUACUCAUUUAACCUCACAAAAAGUCUAAGAGGUACUAAGCAUACCCAUCAGCUCCAAAAUUUUCUUGUGCCCUUGUUUUGUUUCUUUGUUUUUUGAUGAGAACACAUAACAUGAGAUCUAUCUUCUUAACAUAUUUUAGUGUACAAUCUGUAU